AUGAAAGUGAUAGACCUUACCUGGGCCCACAAAAAGGAAAUGCCCCAAUGGCCAGGCGAGGGAAUUCCGAAAUUCAAGUUAAACAUCGUCAACCGUGGCUUCCUCGCAAAGUUGUGGUAUGAAAUAAACUGGUUUGUUACCCCCGAACACGCAGGAACGCAUUUCGAUUCCCCCGCCCACUUUUCCAAAGGUAAGUGGAGGGCGCAUGAGAUUCCGCCCGAGCGUCUGAUUGGUCCAGCGGUGGUUAUCGACGUGACGUCACAAGCGGAAAGGGAUCACGAUUACAGAGUAACAAAGUCUGACUUCGACAAGUACGAACGAGAGCACGGUCGAAUCCCACACGGUGCCAUUGUACUCAUGAAUUCAGGUUGGGGCGCCCGUUUUCAAGACAAGAAACUUGUUUUCAACAGCGAGAAGGUCGACGACCCCUCAACCUACCAUUUCCCAGGUUACCACGAGGACGCCAUUUCCUGGCUGUUGACCAAUAGAAACGUCAGUAUGGUUGGGGUCGACACUCCCUCCUUGGACUACGGGCAGUCGACGACCUUCAAAGUUCACGUGCUGUGUGGAGAAAACGGAAUUAUCGGACUGGAAAAUGUGGCUAACAUUGACCAGAUUCCAGUCUUCGGGGCCACAGUAUUUGUAGGUGCAAUGAAGGUGUUCGAUGGAAGUGGUGGACCUGCCCGAAUUAUAGCGACCUUUGACCCGCUUGUUUCCCAUGAGCACAGGGCAACGUGGAUUGUUGUCAUAGUUACCAGUUUAUUGUUUGGUAUCUACGGUAUAUACAGCACGUGUUUCGUGAUACAGAGAGCACGUCAGUGA